AUGCUACGACGGGUGCUCCGACCCGCACGUCGCCUGCCCCUCUGGAUUGUCUUGCCCAUCGCCGCAGCAUUGUUGCUCGAGGUCCUCAUACACCGCUAUCACUACCAAGUGCCCGCGCCGGAUCACGACCUCGACCCGCCCUUCUUCACAUCAUGCCAGGAGCCCGACGUCGGCGCCCCGCGCGAGAACGCCGUGCUGGUCAUGAUGGCGCGCAACUCGGAACUUGAAAAGGCAAACAAGACCAUCACGAGCAUUGAGAAGGCAUUCAACCGCUGGUUCAAAUACCCCAUUGUCUUCAUGAACGACGAGGCCUGGGAUCCUAAGUUUAUCAAGGUCCUGAAUCAGACCAGUGGCGGUAAGGCGACGUUCGAGGUCAUCCCCCAGCCGCAAUGGACCUUCCCUGAGUGGAUGGACGACAAGGCGGCCAAGCAGAGCAUCAAGGACCAAGGCCGGCGCGGCAUUCCGCAUGCUGACAGCGAAGGCUACCACCACAUGUGUCGCUUUUAUUCAGGUCAAUUCUACCAGCUCGAAGCCCUCAAGAAAUACCGGUGGUACUGGCGACUCGAACCCGACGUCGACUUUUCCUGCGCCAUAACCUACGAUCCUUUCGUCCAAAUGGCUAAGCACAACAAAGUUUAUGGGUUCACCAUUGCGCUGUGGGAGAUUGGUACAACCUGCCCUACUUUGUUCCGCGACAUGGCCGACUGGAUGGAGGUACACCGCAUCACGCAAAAUAAUUUGUGGAAGGCUAUGGUUCAGGCCUCUUGGGUACCGUACCCGUUCCGAAAGUUUCUUAGUUUCAUGGCGCACCGGGACCGGCACGGCGAUGAGUGGAGUAUGUGUCACUACUGGAGUAACUUUGAAAUCGCCGAUAUGAACUUCUUCCGCACCCGGGAGUAUAUGGACUUGUUCGAGUACCUUGACCGGAAAGGCGGGUUCUAUUUUGAACGUUGGGGUGACGCUGCUGUACAUGCUCUUGCUGUAGCAAUGCUUGUGGAUCCGCGCAAAGUGCAUCAUUUUGAAGACCUUGGGUACCGGCACGAUCAGCUAUACCAAUGCCCCGCCAACGCACCAGGGGGGCAACUCCUCGGGUCAAAGGCACUGGGUGAUGGGACGUGGGCGCCCGAGAUAGAAGGCGGAAUCGGCUGCCGGUGCGAGUGUGAUGGGCGCAAGACGCGGAACCACCCCGGAUACUGCCUGAACAAGCUCAAGCAGCCGAAUAGCCCGAAGCGGCCAUGGCUGACUUGGUUCAUGUAG